AUGAUGGACCCUUUGGUUACGGAGUCUGCCCUCCGAGGCACUCCAGGUCACGUCACCCUUCCUUUUUCUAGCCGUGUCGUCGACCACAACCUUAUUGAACUCUCCACAAAGAUUAUUGAAGUCAUUUACCGGUAUCAGAACAAGCGGGGUGGCACAGAAGGCCUGCAGUCCGAUAUAGGUCUUCUUUCCGGGCUCACACAAGUUUACACCCAUGUCAAGUCCAACCGGGCCAUCAAGAUGGCACUUCCUGCUUUCCCUUUCAAGUCUCCCAACACCAAGAUUAAGGUUCUUGGCCGUCUCCCUGACAAGGCCGAGGAGUUUGCUCUUGCCCACCUGAACGGACUUUGUGCCGCUAUCAAAGAUGUCUAUGAGCCUGGUGCCGAACUGACUAUCAUUUCGGACGGCAUUGUGUACAAUGACCUUCUCAGUGUCCCUGAUUCUGAUGUGUGGGCUUACGGAGAAGCCCUCCGUGAGCUUGCUAAGACCAAGGGCUUUGAAUACAUCCGAUUCUCUCGAUUGGGUGACCUUGUCCCAAUGUCGGUACCCCAGAGCCUUGAUGAAGUUUCAUACGUUGCCAACGCCACGAACUUCCGUGUUGGCCUCAUGAACAACUUUAGCAGCAAGGAUUGGAACGUUUCUGACAGAAUUGCCGAAGAUGAGGACGUUUGCCUCACGUAUCGUGGAUACCUUAAAUUCCUGUUCACUGAUCUUGCGGAGACAUAUCCAGUCAGCGACAGCUUUUCCAAAUCCAAGUUCAAGAAGGGCACUGAGAGCAUUGCCAAACAGAUGCUUGUCCGUGGCCAGGCCUUUGCUCGCGCCGUCCGCGAAAAGUUUGGAGGCCACGUCCGUCUGUCCAUCCACCCCUCGACUGGACAGAACAAGGUCUCGGUCAGCACCUUGCCUACCGAUUCCAGCUACACUACCCCGUGGCACUGUACCCUUGGUAUCCGUCUCGACGGUACUGUGACUUCCAACCUUUCCCAGACCUUCCGCGAUGACCCUAAGUGGGAGCUUGUCUACGAAGAUGGAAGACCCUCGUAUUUCCGCGAGAAGAGUGACCUGUACAACUGGAGUACUGGCGCUAUUAACGUUACCCCCGUCUAUCCAUCCGGUGUGAUGAUUCAGCCCGCUGAGGGCCACAACACCCUCUCAAUGCAAAACAUUGACGCCCAGAAAGUUCGCGCUCUCUCUGAACUUAACUCUCCUGUCCUUCUUCGUGGUUUCUCUGGUUCUAGGGACCGUGAGAGGUAUCUUGCCAAGGCGUCAGAAUUCGGCACACCUCUUCCAUGGAAAUUCGGCAUUCUGCUGGAGGUUAAGGACCGUGGUGCUGAUACUCGGGGUCUUAACAAUGUCCUCUCUGCUGAAUGGAUGCCUUUCCACUUCGAUGGUCUAUUCAAGACCAUGGAUAUGACCAGAGAAGACGGCACUACGUAUAAGCUCCCCAACCCACCACGAUUCCAGCUUUUCACAUCCGUGACUCCUUCUCCCUCUGACACUGGCUUCACUCUUUUCUCUACCUCUACCUUCGUCUUCAAGCAUCUUCCCGAUCACCUUCCCGUUGAGACUUUGAAGACUCUCACCUGGUCUGUCAGCACUUCGUCUUUUGACAGCACCAAGCUUCACGGGCUUCCUCUCGUCCAAGACCACCCUGUGACUGGCAAGCCUUGCCUACGGUAUCACGAGCCAUGGCCCACAAGCAAGACCAACUUCGAAGCUACAGACAUUACGAUUGAUGGAUUGAGUCCAGAAGCCUCCGCCGAUGUAUGCAAGGUUCUUGACAACCUUCUGCACGAUCGCCGCGUGGUAUACUACCACUCCUGGCAGAAGGGUGACAUCUUGGUUAGCGACAAUAUUUUGACCAUGCACACUCGCAGUGACUUCAAGGGUGGUGCUGACCGAGAGUUGUGGAGAAUUCACUUUGACUAA